AUGCCGGUAGCUGUGAUUAAUCUUAAAGGAAAGCGCAAAAAAGAGAAAAAGAAAAAGAAGAGGCAAAAGCAGUCUAGUGCCAAGUCGCGCUCACGUCAUUCUCGCGUUUCAAAUGGUGCUACCUCUUGCUCCUCAUCCUCUACGAGCACACUCAAUCCUUCCAAACGUCGAAAUAUAGGCUGCGUGGCCCUGACAGGCAAGUCGGCCCGAAUCGAACACCUUGACAGCAGUGAUGCAGAAGAGGAUUUAGAACUUGGCGACGGUGACAUGGUCUCACUUGCCACUCCUGAUUCAGUGAAUGGGACUGCUGCUGUUGAGUUGAAACCGCCUGUGCCAAACUGGAGCCACCGUCUUGCGAUUAGGAUUAGUGCUGGUAGUAUCACUACCACCACCUGCUCUUCGCACUCCUCCCCCACGGCAAACUCAGGCCCUGUGUCUGGUCUACCUGGCCAAACCCUUGGUCUUACUAUUGUAACUGGAAGCAGCAGCACUGGACCUACUAACUCCGCCGGCCGACAGCCUUCUGGAUCUGCUAACUCAUCCUUUUCUUCUCCACCCGUUAUACAUCCAAUUGGAUUGAUCGGGGCCGAUUCAGACCGUGAACAUGAAGAGCAUGGUUCCGAAAAUGAUAUUGAUGAUGACCAUGAUGGAGUUUGUGGCGACGAGGAUGAUGAAAACGAUGACCUGCGGGCUACCGAUAUCUCCACCAGUGAUGAUCAACUGUCAACCAAUCCACCACCGCACCUAGUGCCUAUUUCAGCGGAAUCAAGUGACGCAUCCGGGCUCUGGCCAAGCCGAAGAGAGGGGCCUAUGGAAUCAACCCGGGCGGUGACCAUAAGUAAUAGACAUAAUUCGGCACAGCCUUCUAGGCGAAUGGAUGGCCGUGGAUGUCGAGACGAAUUGCCCGAGUUACUGGAUGCCCGACGAGGCGAGCGUUUGAAGCACGAGACUAAGCCUGCCGACCAUGAAGUUGUGUGA